UGUCUCGUUUCAUUUCAGGUAAAUUAAAAUUACUUAUUACGCGGUUAUUACUCUUCCAUAAUACCGCCUUACGUUGAUGAGUUCCAUCAAAACUGUUGGCGUAAGGGUUCUGAAAUCGUGUGUCGUUUGGAAACCCUUCCUCGAGUAACUCGAAGCUCCGCGCUUAUAGCUUCGGCCGAUCGAUGCUGUGAAUUGUAAGCGAAGGAUCCAGAAUUAUGAAAUCAGUGGCCGGGAAAAAAGACGCUAAGAUGCGUAUCCGAGCCUUUCCGAUGACUAUGGAUGAGCGUUACGUCGAAGGAAUUUGGGCGCUGCUUCGUGAUGCUAUUCAAGAAAUUCAGCGGAAGAAUAACUCCGGGCUUUCGUUUGAAGAACUCUAUCGCAAUGCGUAUACGAUGGUUCUUCACAAGCAUGGGGAAAAGCUGUACAAUGGGCUGAAGGAAGUCGUCACUGGGCACCUAGAAAAGAAGGUGCGACGUGACGUUCUGGAGUCCCUGCACAACAAUUUCCUGCAAAUGCUAAACUCCGCGUGGCAGGACCACCAAACUUCCAUGGUCAUGAUCCGCGAUAUUCUGAUGUACAUGGAUCGCGUUUACGUUGCUCAAAACAACGUGCAAAACGUAUUCAACCUCGGCCUUCAAAUUUUCCGUGAUCAAGUCGUUCGCUACGGUUGCAUACGUGACCAUCUUCGCGAAACCUUGCUCGAUCUGGUGAUGCGCGAGCGAAAGGGCGAAGUCGUGGAUCGCAUCGCCAUCAAGAACGCUUGUAGUAUGCUCAUGCUUUUGGGGAUUGGAAGCCGGGAAGUUUAUGAAGAAGACUUCGAACGACCUUUCCUUCAGCAGUCUGCCGAAUUUUAUCAGGCAAGCUAUUCUUCCAUCCGAUUCGAUAUUGUGAUUGAUAAUACGAGGCGACCGCGAAGUGUGUUUCUGUACCUGAAGAAACCCUUGGGGUUUCGUGAUACUCUUGCAUUGGAGAGUCAAAAGUUUCUCGCGGAGAACAGCGCUUCAGUGUACAUCCGUAAAGUGGAAGGACGCAUACUUGAAGAAGCUGAACGAGCGAAGCAUUAUUUGGACGAAUCGACGGAAGUGCAGAUUGUUCGUGUUGUGGAGGACGAACUGAUCAAGAAGCACAUGAAGACUAUUGUAGAGAUGGAAAACUCGGGAGUCGUGCACAUGCUUCAACAUGACAAAACCGCGGAUUUGGCGUGCAUGUACAAGCUUUUCGUUCGUGUGGAUGAAGGUUUGAAGACGAUGGUUGACUGUUUAUCAGGAUAUCUGCGAGAACAAGGGAAAGCCCUUGUGGCGAAGGAAGAGGAAGGGAAAAAUCCCAUCGGAUUUAUUCAGAGUUUACUAGACUUGAAGGACCGUUUCAACCAUUUCCUGAUGCACGCUUUCGGGAAUGACAAGCUUUUCAAGCAAAUGAUCAGCGCGGACUUCGAGUUUUUCUUGAAUUUGAACCCGAAGUCCCCCGAGUAUUUGUCGUUAUUCAUCGACGACAAGUUGAAGAAGGGCGUGAAAGGAAUGACUGAAUCGGAGAUUGAGCAAGUGUUGGACAAGAGUAUGGUUUUGUUCCGGUUCCUUCAAGAGAAGGACGUUUUUGAAAGAUACUACAAGCAGCAUUUAGCCAAGCGGCUUCUACUCAACAAAUCCGUGUCUGACGAUGCGGAGAAAAAUAUGAUCUCAAAAUUGAAGACGGAGUGCGGCUGCCAGUUCACGUCGAAGCUGGAAGGCAUGUUCAAGGACAUGACGGUGUCGAAUACGAUCAUGGACGAGUUCAAGCAGCAACUCGGAUGUACGAACACUCACGGCGUCGAUUUGACCGUCCGCGUGCUCACGACGGGCUUUUGGCCGACCCAGUCCAGCUCCCCGAAAUGCGUCAUCCCUUCUUCGGCCCGGAAAGCUUUCGACUCUUUUAGGAGUUUCUACCUCGGCAAGCAUUCGGGCCGGCAGUUGACGCUGCAGCCGCAGCUGGGCCACGCGGACCUGAACGCCGUUUUCUACACGUUACCGGCGGACGCUGCUGCUCGCGUCGGCGGCGGAGCGCACCCCAAGCCGAUGCUGGACGACGAGGAUUUGCCCGGGAUGCCGUCGUCGAGUUGUUCACAGGGCGGUGCCGCCGCCGCCGCUGCCGCCUUCGCGGUCGGUAUUCCCGGCAUCGAAGGAUCCUUGUCUACCCGUAAACACAUAAUCCAGGUCUCCACUUAUCAGAUGUGCAUCCUGAUGCUGUUUAAUAAUCGCACGCAGUGGACUUACGAGGAGAUCCAGGGAGAAACUGAGAUCCCGGAGCGGGACCUGGUGCGAGCCCUGCAAAGCCUGGCACUGGGCAAGCCGUCUCAACGAGUGCUCACCAAGAACCCGCGCUCCAAGGACAUUGACGCCUCGCACACGUUUUCCGUGAACGACGCCUUCACGUCGCGACUGCACCGCGUCAAGAUUCAAACCGUGGCGGCACGCGGCGAGAGUGAGCCGGAACGCAAGGAGACCCGGUCCAAGGUGGACGAGGACCGGAAGCACGAGAUUGAGGCGGCCAUUGUGCGGAUUAUGAAGGCACGGAAGCGGAUGCCGCACAACAUCCUUGUCGCCGAGGUGACGGAGCAGCUCCGAAGCAGGUUCCUACCAUCCCCCGUGGUGAUCAAGAAGCGGAUAGAAGGACUCAUUGAACGCGAAUACCUCUCUCGUACUCCGGAAGAUAGGCGAAAGACAGGGUUCCGAUUUUUGUUCCAGAAUUUAUUACUAAUAGCGAAGGCAGAGAAAGUCUACACUUACGUGGCGUGAGCUCGUUGUUAUGCAAAUGAAGAGACGAGAACCAAUUGCUCACGGCCUGUAAAUAAAUGUCAGUCCCUUCGUCAAAUAUCGCCUGAAGCAAAUUCCUGCGACUGUCUGGACGAGAAAAAAAAAAUGAGAAGAAGAAACGAAGAAGCGUGGUCAGAAGAGGAAAACAAAAACAACAACACCAUGAAACUCCUGCUUCUGGGAAAAAUCUGUGAUGUAUUUAAAUCUCUUUGGGAGUGUUUUUUUUUUUAAAUAAACGACGGACCGCGUGCGAAGGAACUUUUUUCGGGUGAUGGGAAGGUAUAGAGAGAGCGAUUUGAGUUCAAGUGUCUUUCUAUGAGUCGAGGAGGAAUUCUUCAGCCGGGGGGAUUGUCUUUAUUUGUUGGAAGAUUUCUUUUUUUUUGACUGGGACGCGAUUUUCCUGGCACCCCGUACGCGAUUUUCUUUCUACUUCUAUCCCCUCCCAGGGUUUUCUUUUUUUUCCGAUGACGCUAUGCAUUAACAAAUACGUGGCAGAUGAUGAAAUAAUUGCGAUUCUUAUGCGAUGUCGCUGA